ACUGGUCGGUUAUGAUUAAUCUCCGAGCGAAUGCAGCCUUGUCCCGGGCCCGCAUUCUCCGCUGUGACAGUGAGCCACGAGCAUGCCAGUGCCCRGGACGCCCUCUUCCAGCCUGAUACAGACCCGCACAAGUUCAGGAUGUAUUUCAACCGGCGAUCGAAGAUCCACAGCGAGGGUGGACCCUCUUGCUCAUCCGCCGGCUACCGCAAGGCAGAUGAUGAGAUGUCCGGGACUACUUCUCAGGCGGAUCCCACAGAUGCCACGGCGCGGACGAUUCUGCUCAACCAACCUCAGAACACCAAGUUCUGUGAUAACCAUGUCAGUACCACUAAGUACGGGGUGCUCASCUUCUUGCCUCGUUUCCUGUACGAGCAGAUCCGCCGGGCCGCCAACGCCUUCUUCCUCUUCAUCGCCCUGAUGCAGCAAAUCCCUGAUGUGUCUCCUACGGGUCGUUACACCACUCUGGUACCACUCAUCUUCAUCCUCACUGUGGCCGGGAUCAAAGAGAUCAUAGAGGACUAUCAAAGACACAAGGCAGACAACACAGUCAACAAGAAAAAGACCACAGUUCUGAGGAAUGGAGCCUGGCAGACCAUCAUAUGGAAACAGGUACCAUUACCCUCAUCCUCUCAACAGCCUGGUCUCCCUCUCACAGCUGGUCUCCAGUCUCUGGAGGAGCUGAUGGGUCUCUCUGGCUGUCUGGAGUGUGAAGAGCCCAACAGACACCUGUAUGACUUCACUGGGACUCUACGACUGGACAACCAAAAUGCGGUUCCUCUGGGUCCUGACCAGGUGCUGCUGCGAGGUGCCCAGCUCAGGAACACACAAUGGGUUGUGGGUAUUAUAGUCUACACUGGACAUGARUCCAAACUGAUGCAGAACUCGACCAAGGCCCCUCUGAAGCCUAACGUGGAGCGGGUGACCAACGUCCAGAUCCUGGUGCUGUUCUGCAUCCUCCUGGUGAUGGCGCUAGUGAGCUCUAUAGGAGCCUCCAUCUGGAACAAACAACAUACUGAGGAGGCCUGCUGGUACCUGUCACGCGCCGGUGAGACCUCCACUAACUUCUGGUAUAACCUGCUGACCUUCAUCAUCCUCUACAACAACCUCAUCCCCAUCAGCCUGCUGGUCACUCUGGAGGUGGUUAAGUUCACACAGGCACUCUUCAUCAACUGGGAUGUGGAGAUGUACUACGCGGAGACAGACACACCCAUGGCUCGAACAUCCAACCUCAGAAGAAAUCUCUCCCAGGUGAAGUAUCUGUUUUCUGAUAAGACAGGAACUCUCACCUGUAACGUCAUGCAUUUCAAGAAGUGUACCAUCGCUGGAAUCACAUACGGCCACUUCCCUGACCUAGAUGUUGAUCGUUCCAUGGAGGACUUCAGCCCCCUGCCGUCCAGCAGUCUUAACUCCACAGAGUUUGAUGACCCCACUCUCCUCCAGAACAUUGAGAAGAGCCAUCCGACCUCUGCUCAGAUCUGUGAGUUCCUGACGAUGAUGGCGGUGUGUCACACCGUGGUUCCAGAGAGAGAGGAGGACCAGCUUAUUUACCAGGCCUCCUCGCCAGAUGAAGGAGCUCUGGUGAAAGGAGCCAAAGGUCUGGGCUUCGUUUUCACAGCAAGAACUCCUGGCUCAGUUAUCAUGGAAGCUAGGGGGAAGGAGAAGAGCUUUGAGCUGCUGAAUGUGCUGGAGUUUUCAAGUAACCGUAAGCGCAUGUCUGUAGUGGUCCGAACCCCCGAUGGGAAACUGCGUCUGUACUGCAAGGGAGCAGAUAAUGUGAUCUUUGAGCGUCUCACUGAUGCGUCUCAGUACAAAGAGUUGACCAUGGCACAUCUGGAACAGUUCGCCACCGAGGGUCUGCGGACUCUGUGUUUCACCUAUGUUGAUCUGGAGGAGGGGGUAUAUCGGGAGUGGCUGAAGGAGUACACCCGGAUUAGCACUAUCAUUAAAGACCGGGCCCAGAAACUAGAGGACUGCUAUGAACUGCUGGAGAAGGAUCUGUUUGUUGUUGGGGCCACAGCUAUAGAGGACCGUGCUCAGGCAGGGUCCCUGAAGACCCUCGCUACUCUGAUGAAGGCCGACAUCAAGAUCUGGGUCCUCACGGAGACAAACAGGAGAGCCGCCAUCAACAUAGGCUACUCCUGUCGUCUGGUGACCCACGGCAUGUCCCUCCUCAUCGUCAACGAGGACUCACUGGAUAGUGUUACCGUGGGAAUCGGGGUGUGGCAGAGUAGAGAUUGGGUGUCUCCCCUCCAGAAGUCUGAGAUAGUGGACAUGGUGAAGAAGCAUGUGAAGGCCAUCACUCUGGCCAUAGGAGACGGGGCCAACGACGUGGGCAUGAUCCAGACUGCCCAUGUAGGGGUUGGCAUCAGUGGCAACGAGGGCAUGCAGGCAACCAACUCCUCGGACUACUCCAUCGCACAGUUUUCCUACCUAGAGAAGUUGUUGCUGGUCCAUGGGGCGUGGAGUUAUAACCGUGUCACUAAGUGUAUUCUCUACUGUUUCUAUAAGAAUGUGGUUCUCUACAUCAUAGAGCUGUGGUUUGCCUUUGUGAACGGCUUUUCUGGACAGAUCCUGUUUGAACGCUGGUGUAUAGGCCUCUACAAUGUGGUGAAUCUUCAACCAGCGUUGCCUCCCUUCACUCUGGGGAUCUUUGACCGGCCGUGCAGUCAGCAGAACAUGCUCCGCUUCCCCCAGCUAUACAGGAUCACCCAGAACGCUGAGGGCUUCAACACCAAGGUGUUUUGGGGUCACUGUAUAAAUGCUCUGAUCCAUUCCAUUAUUCUCUUCUGGUUUCCACUCAAAGUUCUAGAACAUGACAGUCCUUUCAACAACGGUCAUGGUACUGACUACCUGUUUGUGGGGAACAUGGUGUACACGUUGCAGGCUGACAGGGUGAUGCACUGCUGGCACUUCUGGCUGGGGCUGGUCCUGGUGCCAACAGCCUGUCUACUCAAAGACUUUGCCUGGAACGCGGGUCGUCGCACUGUGAAGAAGUCUCUUCUGGAAGAGGUCCAGGAGCUGGAGGCCAGGGCUGUUGACCCGGGGGCCGCUGUGCUCCGAGACGCCAGCGGACGCAGGUCAGACACACACACACACUGCAUCAUGGGAUCACAGUUGGGAGGCCACAGACGGGAGCUCUACAUAAUUUACUGUGACAUAGUUAAUAUCAUUUUCAUGCCGUAUCAGAGAUCAUGAUAAUUCCUUGGACUGAGGGGAAACACCCUUCAAGGAUUUUGUUACGAGUCUAUAAGAUUAAUGUGCGUGUUUAUAUGACUGUUUGUAUGAGAGAAGACCAGUGCUGUAACCAUGGCCCUCUAACCUCUUGGUAACCUCUUGGUAACCUCUUGGUAACCUCUUGGUAACCUCUUGGUAACCUCUUGGUAACCUCUUGGUAACCUCUUGGUAACCUGGUUGACUCAUCCACAGGGCCAAAGCCAAAGCUGAGGUCCCCUAGUCCCACAGCUCAGGGCACAGACUCCCACAUACAUACACACACACACACAGGUAGCACCUUGGCUUGGUUUGACCUGUCUAACUGUGUGACCUCUGACCUGUGUGUGGUGAUCUCUUUCUUCCCCUCGUCUCACUCUCUCACCCACCUCAGUACUCAUGUCUCAUGUUAUAUGUUUUUAUUUUCUUUCUCCGUCUUUUUUUCAAUCCCUCCAUUUGAUUCUCUCGAGUCAGGAAGUGGACAGGUUUCCACUGCUGUAAGGACUGGGUGUGUGGACUGGGCGUACUGUAGCUUCUGUGGUUGUGUGUUAGAGAGAGCCGUUUGUGUUAGUUUGUAUUGUGUGUUUAUAGUCAUAUCUGUCAUAAGAGAAGCAGUAGAACAGCUCAGGGUGGAAAACGUUAGAUUGGGUUUAGAACAUUGUAGGUAUUAGGUUGAGAAGUGGAGUGGGAGAUGGAAGACUGAGGUUUGGCCAUUUGAGGGGCUGUUAUGUGGGAUAUUGGCUG